UAACGGGCGAUUCAAGCAAGCAGCAUCAUAUAAAUAUUGUUUCUUGUCAAAUGCUCUCUUAGUUGAACAUCAUUCAUCAUGGAGAAUUUGACCACAGGAUACGUAAAUAUUUCAAACACAACUGUUGACAUUGCCAGCAGCAGCCAACCAAUGUGGCAAGUCAACUUCCAUCUUAUCGCAUAUCCCAUCAGCGCAUUACUCGCCAUUUUACUAAAUUGCGCCAAUCUUGUGACCGUUCCUCAAGUUUCAAACUGUUUUGGUGAAAACACCAAACUUUGUCUGAUGUGCCUCGCUGUCGUCGAUCUUUUCACCGGACUGAUAUGUUCAACAUCCGGGGUAUUAUUCGUCCUCGUGCCCAUUCCACAAAGCGUCUAUUACACCAUCCUUAUCCUGUGCACUGCGUUUGUUUGGCAGUCCAUGUUGAUUUUGACGCUCGCGUCCGUUGACCGGUACAUCGCGGUAACGCAACCGCUUCAAUAUUUCGUGCUUGCUUCGCGCAAGCGCAUGAUCGUCGCCCUUACCGCGGUAGUCAUUUUCCCGCUCAUUCUCUCAGCCGUAUCCUAUCUUCAGAGUAUCUUGAGGGGAAUAUGCCCGCCUUUCGCAACUUUCUGCAUAUCUGGUAGCAUCACACCAAGUCACGUCGUCUAUAACAUCAUACCUUUCACGGCAGUCGUGAUCACUACUUUCGUGAACGUUCGUCUGGUUUCUAUCGCGCGUCGUCACGCGCUUCAGAUCGCUGCGCUUGAAGCCGCGGUAAACUCUGGCAAUGUCGCCCUACCGCUACCGACCUCAGCGGGAAUGAAGGGACUGAAGACAGUUCUCGCGGUCACUUGUGUGUUCUACCUUGCAUGGCUACCGAGUACCAUCAUCAACAUUUUAAGUCCGAUACCAAGGAUAAACGUCCCGAUUGCACUAUCGUUAAUCGUGAGAUAUGCUAUUACCUCUAACAGUUGGUGGAAUGCUUGCGUCUAUUGGAUCAUGAAUAAGUCAUAUCGAAAUGUUCUCCUUAAGAUGUUACCAUUCCGCUUUGGAACAUGCAUCAGAUCAUGUGACGCGACUGCACAGUCUCCACUGCACAACCAGGUACAUGUAGCUUACAUCCCUCCCAGGUCUGAACGCUAGUCUGCGUCUGAUUUGACGUGUCAUAAGAUGACGUCAUGAAAUGACAUGGCCAGUUUCU